UGUUAAACUGAAGUCUGUAAUUUCUCCUUUGUUUGGGCUUUACUGUGUCACACACUGAUGAGUAUAUAAGGUCAUUUUUGGACAGUGGUUGAGUUUCCUAGCAUCCUGAUAUGAAAAGAUGGUUGUCUUAGCUGUGGCUGUGUUUGUAACGUUAUCAGCUUGUGCAGUUUGCUGCCCGGGGAACAAAAAUUCUACUAAGCUGAAGAUUCAGAGCAUGGAAAAUCAACCUAUGGCUUUGCAACUGGCUGCUGUGGUCAAGGAGAUGGAGAGUCUAAGGUGUGAACAAACAACACUUAAGCAGCAACAAAAUGCUCUGACUCAGAUGCAUAUAACGAGCCAUCAGAAAAGUGCUCAGAAGGAAGUCGGAACAAACAUCCUAACUUAUGGUUCAAAUGAUGAGGAAGACAGCCUGCCUUUCUUUGAGGAAGACUCAAGGAAGCAGCGUGACCCCUGCUUCCACUACACAAUCCUGGACCAGGUCUGGCGUGCCACCAACACUACCACCAAGAUUAAGAAGUGUGACCGCCGCAGCAAAUGGAAAGGCUGGUACCGCCUCUUCUACAAUGGUAAGAGUCUUCAGAUGCCUGAGAGGUGUAUCCCUGUGGACAAAUGUGGCACCCACUCCCCGCUGUGGCUGGCAGGGCCUCAUCCGAAGAGAAGGGAGGGCAUCGUUACCCGCAGAGUGUGUGGCCACUGGAAGAAGAACUGCUGUGCUUUCCGUUCCCCGCCCAUCCAGGUCAAGAAGUGUAGUGGCAACUACUAUGUCUACAAGUUCACUGAGCCGACAACUUGUGAUCUGGCUUACUGUGCAGAUAUCAACACACUUGUAUGUGGGCGAUGCUCAAGAAACCAGUCCUGUGUGAGUCGAGAUAAGAUUAACUGGAGGUGUAAGGGAAAGAAAAGAAUGUCUUCCAGAAAGAUCCACUUCUUUGCUUCUUACCCUGGCCAACUCAAUGGUAAAGUGAACAAAAUCAAGUACAGCAAGGUGCUGGUGAAUGUAGGCCGAGCCUUUGACAGAAGGACCGGAGUGUUCAGUGCGCCGGUGAAAGGAGUCUACCAGUUCUUCUUCUCCACUCAAACAGCCAAUACUGGUCUGAAGACUGAUCUGUGGCUAGUAGUCAACAACUACUGGGUAGCUGUCUCUCGCACACAUCUUUCCCGUCCCUCCACUGUUGGUAACUUGUCUACGUACAUGACCUUCCUCCGCAAAGGGGCUAAAGUGUAUGUCACCCACAACUGUGGUAGGUCUUGGGCCAAUGCUGCCUCCAUGACCAUCACAUUUGGGGGCUCACUGCUUGUACAAAUGAAAUAAUGUAUUUUAUUUUACAUCGCAUUACUUUUUGUAUAUUCAUAAUGUAUCCUUGGAAAGAAUGGGAAUUGUAUUUCACCUAAACAUGGUUUUGUUGAAACAAAGUUUAAUCUCUCUCUUUGCCAUUAAUUCAAGUUGUUUAACAUUUAUAUUUUAUAUUUUAUAUUUCAGUGAUAUCUGGAUUCAUUGUAACUGUAAAGCACUGUUUCAGCUAAAUUAUUAAGUAUUGCCUAAAUGAUGUCUGACUUAAUGCUUACAUGUAAAGAUUAAAAUAAAAAAGAAAUUAAAAGUG